CGCCCCCCACGCCGGGGGUCCCCUCCGCCUUGUCUUCGCCCUCGCCAAGUCGCCACCUCGGAAGUGAGCCAUGGUAGCUGCUGUGGCAGUGGCGUGGCUGCUCCUGUGGGCCGGGGCCUCCACGCAAUCCGAGCAGGACUUUUACGACUUCAAGGUGGUCAACAUCCGGGGCAAGCUGGUGUCGCUGGAGAAGUACCGCGGCUCGGUUUCCUUGGUGGUGAAUGUAGCUAGCGAGUGUGGCUUCACAGACCAGAACUACCGAGCUUUGCAGCAGCUGCAGCGGGACCUGGGUCCCUACCAUUUCAACGUGCUUGCCUUCCCUUGCAACCAGUUUGGCCAACAAGAACCAGACAGCAACAGGGAGAUCGAGAACUUUGUCCGCAGCACCUACAGUGCCUCUUUCCCCAUGUUUAGCAAGAUCGCAGUCAUCGGCACUGGUGCCCACCCUGCCUUCAAAUACCUAACCCAGACCUCUGGGAAGGAGCCCACCUGGAACUUCUGGAAGUACCUAGUGGCCCCAGACGGGAAGGUGGUGGGGGCGUGGGACCCCACUGUGCCAGUGGAGGAGAUCAAGCCCCAGAUUACACAGCAGGUGAUGAAGCUCAUCCUUCAGAAACGGGAAGACUUGUGAUGACGGGGCUCCCCCCCGCUACUCCCAUCCCUCCCUUGGCAAACUCAAGUGGUGCUUCACCGGCAGACAGCCAGUGCUUCUCUCCCCUUCACUCACAUAGAGGAAGAAGCCUAAGACUUGGGUGAUUCGAAUCCAAGAGCAAAGAAUAGGAAGUCCUGGCCAAUGAGAGUUCUUAAGAGGAAAUCACCAGCCCAAUAGGCCUCUAGCCAAAGGAAACAUGGCAAGGCUAUGAAGAAAGCAUGUAGAAGGAUACAGAGCCGUCAUCUACCUGGCCAGGCCUCUGUAGCAGGGCGCCAAGUCUUACCUCACAGGGAGGCUGUGAAGAUUGGCAGCUAAUACCUGUGAACGUGCCCGGGCAGUGCUAGCCAAAGCACUCAGCACACACAUACACAUAUAAACAAAACAUUACUUGUGAUAAUAAAACUUGAGCUCAACAUGCAUUUCUAGCCAAGGAAAACCU